AGUUUUUCUCACUAAGCAGUCUCUUUCUUCCCCCCUCCCCCACACCAACAACUCAAGGGUCCAAUAAAGGGGGGAAGCAGACUUCAGCUUCUCUUCCCCCACCUUCAUCUUUUGCCUUAACCAUCAACACAGCUGUUCCCAGGGAAAAGUUGGGUUUUUAUCAGAUGAUGAAUAUGGAGAAUAGAAUACCCCCUGGGAGUUAUUUCCAGUACUCUCCUACUGGAAUCCAUGCUCCACUUCAGAGGUCUUCUUCUCUUACAGAUCGUGAAAGAUAUUUGGCCGAUUUAUUGGGAGAGAGGCAAAAAUUGGGGCCAUUCAUGCAGAUACUGCCUAUAUGCAGUAGGCUUCUAAACCAAGAAAUCAUGCGAGCAUCGGCAUUGUUGUCAAAUCAGUUUGUAGAUCAGGAAAGGAUGGGACAAGAGAGUCCACAUAGAUCGAUCAGUCAACAGAUGAAUGGAGGUCAGAUAAAUGUAGGGGCAUGGAGUGCAAUGCAAACUGAGGAAAACAGACUCCUCCAGAAAAUGGCUCCAUUUCAACCUUCCCCCCUGGAUUGGCAUGUUGUGCCGGGAACUGCAACCACUCCUGUUGUGAAGAAAGUCAUAAGACUGGAUGUUCCAGUGGAGAAGUUCCCAAAUUUUAAUUUUGUCGGUCGAAUUCUGGGACCACGUGGGAAUUCCCUAAAGAGGGUUGAAGCCAUUACAGAAUGUAGAGUCUACAUCAGAGGUCAAGGCUCAGUGAAGGACUCUAUCAAGGAAGAGAAAUUGAAAGAUAAACCUGGGUACGAGCACCUCAAAGAGCCACUACAUCUCCUGGUGGAGGCUGAAUUUCCGGAAGACAUCAUUGACGCCCGUAUUGAUCAUGCAGUUUCAAUCCUAGAGAACCUCUUAAAGCCCGUGGAUGAAUCUAUGGAUGUUUAUAAGAAACAACAACUAAGGGAAUUGGCCAUGCUAAAUGGUACAUUAAGGGAAGAAAGCCCGAGCAUGAGUCCUCGAAUGAGCCCUAGCAUGUCUCCAUUUAGUAAUACAGGAAUGAAACGAGCAAAGACGGGAAGAUAACACCUAUUCUUGGUCAUCAGGGGACCCCUAAUUGCUGGAAUGCUGAUUGCCUGUCUAGUGAUAGGCCCAAAAUAUAGCUUAUCCGCCUGAUUAGUACGACUUCUGAGUCUGCUUCUGGUACGGAAUGCAGGCAUCCCCCAGGCAGCUUCUUUAGAUAGGUCUAAUGGCUUUUUUCUGUAACCAUCUUUCCUAGAGGUUUUGACCUUUAGUCUUAAUCUAGGUUUAGUGGUCAAUGUGUUAAAGCAAUUACAAUAAUUUCAUUCUUAUUGAAUACUCACGAUGUUUCAUGUAUUAUUUGAAUGCAGACUAACUGCUUUAACUUCUGAAUAAAUAUAUUGAGAACAUAAGCUUGAUAUAUGA